CAAGGCUUUAAAUUUUAAAGACCGUCAAUAAAACGUUAAAAUCAAAACUAUGAAGUAGAUUCUUAAAAUUCACUCUAUCGUAUCUGAUUAAAAGUGAAAUAUGUGUGCAUAAAUGCAAUCAAAGAAAAGUGAAACUACCAGCAUGCAACCACAAAGUUUAUAGCGAUGCAAUAAAUGUAACUUGCUUCAAUGAAUAAAAUGCAAUGACAUCAGUUGGUAACAUAACUGAAGACCUCUGUAAAAUAUGCGACGGUAGAGUCGAAUGUGCACCCACAGCUAUCCUGCUUAUUUCUCUAGUUCAUACCCUGUACGGUCAUAUAGGCCCAGAAAUAGAUUACUUUGGUAAAAACAAACUGCAGCUGAAAUCUGAGAGUAAAGUAACAGUUGAUUUGAAAGAAGUGAGGUAUAAAGAUAUAGAAGAGGAUAGGAAUGAAGAUGUUGAUGUAAGGGAUAUGGAAUUUGACUUUAUAGUGAUUGGAGGAGGUACUGCUGGCUGUGUGGUUGCUAGCCGUCUGUCUGAGAACAGGAAGUGGAAGAUACUUUUAAUAGAAGCUGGCGCAGAGGAACCUAAAAUGACCCUUAUUCCGGCGCUCACAACCGAAUUUAAAGGCUCUUCCCUUGACUGGCAAUAUUCAAUGAGGCCGAAAAAAGGAUUUUGUCAAAAUCGCAUAGAUAAAGGUUGCGAAGUCGUGCAGGGCAAGGUUCUUGGCGGAACAUCGUCUAUUAACGAAAUGGCCUACAUAAGGGGCAGCCCCGCUGAUUACGACGAGUGGGCACUCAAUGGCAAUGAAGGGUGGAGCUUUAGCCAAGUGCUACCUUACUUCAAAUACUCCGAGGGGAAUUACGACAAGGACAUAUCGAAAAACAAAUUCUUCCAUUCGACUCAAGGUCCGCUAGAUGUAGGCCGGUACCCCUACGUAGACGAUAAUGUAGACGUUUUACUAAGCGCCUUUAAUGAAAUGGGUUAUAACUACACUGAUAUAAACGGCAGAAAUCAAUUGGGGUUCAUGAGAAUACAGACAACCUCGUAUUUAGGUGAAAGAGUUAGUACCUACACAGCCUUUAUUGAACCAAUAAGAAAACUACGUUCAAAUAUUGUUAUUAUUACAGAAGCAUUAGUUACUAAGAUUACAUUUGAGUAUAAAGGUGAUAGUUUAAAAGCGAAAGGCAUAGAAUUUAUUAAAAAUGGUACAAAAAUAAGUAUAAGAGCGUCAAAAGAAAUUAUUUUAAGUGCUGGAGCAAUUAAUUCACCUAAGUUGUUAAUGCAAUCAGGGAUAGGUCCAAGAGAUUAUUUAGAGUAUUUAAAUAUAGAUGUUUUAUAUGACUUACCAGUAGGAGGUAAUUUUCAAGAUCAUUUGUCUGUUUGUUUACCUGUGAUAAGGCUAGCUAGGACUGCUACUAAAAUAAAUUUUCCUGAUAAACUAAAGGAUAUUACUACAUACUAUACGAAAGGUAUUGGACCGUUAUCAGCUAACUACCAAGUAGUUGCGUUUAUAGAAUCUUCUAUUUCUGAAGUCCUUGGUACACCUGAUAUUGAAUUUAGGUUUCGUGGUCAUGAUUCUAACAUGUACUAUGACAAAAUGGAUAUGUGCAUAUCUUUAUUAACGCCUAAAAGUCGAGGUCAAGUUGUGUUAAAUGCAACGGAUCCUGUUUUUGGAUCUCCUUUAAUUUAUCCGAAUUUUCUCAAGAAUCCUAAGGAUGAAAAGAAAUUAUUAGAAGGAAUACAAGAAAUAGUUAAGCUUUUUGAUACAGAAGUAUUUAAAACAGCGGAAUACGAAUUUGAUCCGAAACCAAUUUUAAACAAUGAAUGCAGAGAACAUGAACGCGUUUCAGAACAAUUUUGGCUUUGUAUUAUAAGACAUUUUUCUGCACCACUUCAUAAUUAUGCAGGCACGUGUAAAAUGGGACCUCCUAAAGAUCCAGAAUCCGUUGUUGAUAAUAAUUUAUUAGUGUAUGGAGUAACUAAUCUAAGAGUCGUAGAUGCAUCAAUCAUGCCUAAAAUAACUAGAGGUUCUACUGCAGCUCCAGUCAUAAUGAUAGCUGAAAAAGCAAGUGAUAUAAUAAAAAGUAUUUGGUAUUAAA